GUGAGCUCUCCUCUGCGCCACUCCCUGAUGGCGGUGUUGUUCCUGCUGGGUCUGUCGUCUCUAGCUGUGGUGGAGCCCCUAGUGGCAGUGUGGCUCAGUCUAACCCUCCUCUCUGUCCAGUUUGGUGUUCUGGGCUUCAUGACUCUGUGGGGCGUGGAGCUCGACUGCGUGUCUGUGUUAUGUCUGAUUUCAGCACUGGGUCACUCUGCAGACUGCUGUGGUCCUCUACUGGCCACCUUCUCCUCUGGCCGGGGGGACAGCCGGACCGUGUGGGUCAGACUGGCGCUGGAGAGACAUGGCGUCCCCUCUCUGCAGACGUUGAUCUGCUACACUGCAGCGCUGCUCCCUCUGGCCGCCGUCCGCUCCAACCUUACACGCUCGCUGUUCCGUUGCCUAGUGCUGACGGCAUUCUGUUCAGCGCUCCAUGCCUUGGCCUUCCUGCCCACGCUGCUCACCUUCCUGCCACCCGCCAAGAAGACAGGAAGUAGACAGGGAGACAGAGGGGAAGGGGAGGGGCUUAGAGAGGAAGUGGAGUGUGUGGAGAUGGUUGACAGUACCAGGGUGGUCGACCAGAUCACCACCGUCUGACCAACAGGAUGUGAUGUUACAGGUUUUGAUGGGGUCGCUGAGGAUAUGUUACCAUGGCUACUAGCCUCUGUUGGCUGAAGCCUCACGGGGUGUGGCCAAUCAGAGCAAGGAAUCAACAUGUUGCGUUUUCACAUAGAGAGAGAGUGGAAGAAACUGAGUGAGAGAGAGUGAAAGAGAGGGUGAGAAAGUCAGAUGAGAGAGAUGGGGAGAGAGAAAGAAAGUGAGAGGUAGAGAGGAAGAGCGAGAGAAGGUGAGAAAGUCAGAUGAGAAAUAGAUAGGGAGAGAGAAAGAAAGUGAGAGGGAGAAAAAGUCAAAGGGAGAGGUAGAGAGAAAGAGAGUGAGAGACAGAGUGAAACAGAGAGGGUGGUGUAAGAUAGAAAAAAAAUGGAGAGGUGCUUUGUUUCCAUGGUUACUCUCUCCUUGCAGUUAUCAGGACAU